GUAUACCUCCGGCUGUGCCAUUUAGAGUGCCACCGAAUUACGCUUCAAGAUUCACCUUAAUUCUUUCCAAAACACCAUCGUGAAACCACACAAGUUUCUUUUUUCUUUUACUUCUUUUUUUGCUGAGAAUUUCUUAAAAAAAACGUGAAGAGACAAAAUGAAGAUCAAAUUCCUCAUUCUAAUUAUUUACUGUGCUUUCUGUGCAAGUUAUGGGAAGUCCAUUGAGAAGAAAGCUCCAUGGUAUAAUCCCAAUCAAAUGGUUUUUGAUUCUGUCCCCAUUCAAGAUCAAAACUAUUUUAUCACCCUCCAUUUGGCAUUGGGAUUAAAUGAACGAGCUCACGCUGCUCCCUUUGAUCCAGCAAGUGAUCAUGCAAAGAGGGAUCCUGUGGAGCCCCUGGAUCUACCGCAGGAUAUAAAUCUUUCCCAAGAAACCUACUACCACCUCAAGUCCAUCAACACGCCACAGGACUUCUCAACAGAACUCCUAGACUGGACAGAGGAUUCCUUCGACCUGAGCGAUGAUGAAAUUCACGAGAUGGUGGUGAAGAAUUCCAUUUGCCGCACAAAUGGCCAGCAGUGCAUCACACCUGGAGAUGUUGGACAAGCAUGCUGCCCAUUCUAAACAUCCUCCGCAUAAGCAGGGAUUAUAUAAACAGUUUUCUUUUUUUUUUAAUCAACAUGUAUAACGAUUUUUUAUCAAGCAAUAAAGUUUAUCAUUGAAGGCUCCCAUUGGAAAAUAUUCUUUUUGUUAAUUUUUAAGCGGGAAAGUUUUUUUGUAUACAUUUUGGAGCAGAGAACGUUAAGUAAUUUUCUCUUAAAUUAAUAUUUUUUCCAAUCAUUUUUGAACGCCUAUAAAGAGCUUUAAGAGUUUCCCUUCAUUGAUUUAUAACUAUUUUUACAAAAAUAAUUAACUAUUAAAUCAUAAAUUGAGUAAAUUAAUUGCAACGAUUACUUUCGCAAUAUUUUUUUUUAAUAAAAAUUAUGUAUUGUAGGGGAGAUAAGGGAGGAAUUAAUCCCACAGCGGAUUUUUGAGAAAUUGUAUUUCGCGGAGGGAAUAAAGCAAAGUAAUUUGAACGAAAA